UUCCGAUACGAUUUAUACAAAUUAUUCGCGAACUUCGUGCAGCUGUAUAGGAGAGCGAGAGUAGAUAACCUCGAGAUAUAAGACAGCGCCACCACCCCCCCCCUCCCGAAAAGCCCAUCCUCGGCCCCUACGAAAAAGCACAAAUAUAGACCGAGAAUCGAACGGCAGCUCUACACUACUCUCGGAGAAUAAAAACAGACAGGCCUGCGUCUAUAUACACAUCAGACAUUGCAUUGCAAACUCGAUAAAAUUCGCAGAGAGAGAGCAUAGGCGGCGUUCGGUCGAGCGCGACGAGUUUGACAGGUCUAUAUAGAUACACACCAGGCCGAGACAGGACUGUAUAUAUAUAUAUAUUAUACCAUUCCCUCCCCUCGCUCGCGCGCGCGCGCGCGCACCUAGACUUCUAUCCGCACCCGCGUCGAGUAUAUACAUACAUGUGCGCGCGCGCGCGCGCGCGCAGCAAUAGGAGAAGAGCAUCGCGCACAGAGCGUAUACAGCGUCGCGGAUAGAGAGCGCGAGUAGGCGCAGUCCGCUCUUUCUCUCCCAUCAGCUUCAGUAGUCCCUGCAGCGGCGCAGAGGCAUCCUUCGCGUCGCCAGUGCAGUGGCCGCCGCCGUUCUGUGCUCUCCCUCUCUCUCUCUCUGUGUGUGUGCGUGUGUGCGUGCGUGUCUAUUGUAUAUAUAACGUAGCCCUCAGACGCGCCGAAGGAACAAGUGCUCUCGCCACGAGAGGAAUAAUGUGUUCGAGGGCGGAUAGACAGCAGUGAGAGCGCGCUCGCGUCCGAGACGACGAUAACAACAACAACGACGAAGACGACGGAGUAAAGGGAGAGCUGAGCGCGUUGGGACUCGCCUAAUAUGGGAGAAUGUUGGCUCACGCUGCUGCGUGGCUGCCGCUGCUCCUGUUCUUCUGCACAGGAUGGCAUACAGCAAUAGCGCUGGUUUCAGUACCAGUGCGCAAUGUUAGUGUGGAUCUUGGAGAAAAUGUAACAUUGAUCUGCUCUAAUGGAAGUGGAUCACAAAAUCUUGGUGAAACAAAAAGGGUCACGUGGAUUAGGGAGGGCCGUGAAGAUGGUCAAAGCAAGCGCCUGACUGUAGAGCCUAAUGGAGUUUUAAAACUCAUAAAUGUCAGUCGAUUCGAUGCUGGUGACUACUACUGCACUUUGGAUGAUGAUGCUGUCAAAGACAGAAUCAAUGUCCAAGUUAGAACACCUCCUCCAGCUCUGCACAAUGUUUGGGUCAAACCUUCAACCAUUUUGGCAAAUAUUCUGUGGGAAGUAGCAGGUACCGGUGGUUAUCCUAUUAUAGAUUUUACAGCUGAGUAUCGUUUGAAACCCUCUCCAGGAGAAGAACCAGAAGCUUGGAAACCUAUAAUUCCUACACACAUUCCCCCAAAUUCCAGACAAAUAGAUGUAUAUCAUUUAGAACCAAAUACAACAUAUAGUUUUCGAGUAUGGGCUACCAAUCAGCUUGGAAGGGGGGAGAUUGUGGAGGUAGAAGGGCAUACGCAUCACAGUGUGGAAGAAUUAGAACUGGCAAGACACUUGCUAGCGGGAGUAGAAAAUUUUGAUACGCGUGUAUGGGUGGCAGCAGUAGGGAUUGUUAUGGGAACUCUGAUGGUUCUUGGGUUCGGUACAUGCUACCUAUUGUAUCGGGAGUGUAAGGCACCCUUACUUACAGCCAAAAAGUCAUUAUGUUCCGAUCAAGUCUUGAGAAUGCGUGAGAGUGAGUUAUAGUCAAGGAGAGAGGGUAGAAGCUGAUAUGGCUCAUGGACCAGACCAAUGAAAAUUAAUCUCCGCUCCGAAAUUGCAGCGCAGCUGGAGGAGCAGGAAGUGAUUGAGCUGGUGCCCAACAUCAUACUAAAUCCGGGUUUCUUCGACGAAAGGACGGAACGCAUACCUCAAGACGAAAACUUCAACAACCAGACGACGACGCGCCUCAACAACAACACCGUCGUGCAGCCAAGACGACUUUAGCGACUGAUAUUCUCUUAGACUUUCAGCGGGUGAUUAAGAAAAUCAUUCAAGCGAUCAUUUUUUUCGCACGCACUACGUGCACAGCCGUAUAUUUAUACAUUACAAACUAAAUGUUACAUUUUAUGAGCUCGAAGGGAGAAGAUGAAGAAGAAAAAGAGAAAUGAAAAGUUGCAACUUGACACAAAGUAAGUAAACAAACAGACUUCUGCUUGCAAUCUAUAACAUUUUGGAGAAUUAUUUAAAUGGGGGGUAAACAGCGAGGAGAGUUGACAAAUAAUGUAGAGAGUAUCUCGAGCGUAGGAUGUAUAAAGAAAAGAUAACGAGCACACACAGGCUACAGCGGAAGAAAUUAAGAAGUCAGCUUUGUUUCUCUUUUUUUUUAAACGCGGAAUAAGAAAAAUGGUGGUUCACACAGUACGUAUAGCUUCAAGUGUUCAAAAGAAAUAACGUAAUAAUGCAAAAUAAGACUACGAUUAAUAGGUUUUCCAGAGCGGAUUAGACUUUUUUGAAUUUAUACGUUUGUCGCGCGGUGGGUUUUUAUUGUCGUUUGUGCCUCGAUGACGCAGUCUUUAGAAAAUAAAAUCACUGGUGCUCGCAUUGAUCGAGCUUUUGAUCUUGGAGAACUUUCACGAAACUUUGAUUAAUUUUACAAAGCAAAAAUAAUGUUAAAAUAAGUUGUUAGUAAGACUGUAAAAAAACUCGGUGGUCGAUUUCGUGAGCUCGAAAUCGCUAAGAAAUACGUGAGAUAUUGAUCUGAUGCUCCAUGACAUUAAAAUAUACGAGCUGUACUCUCGUUUUCUGCAUGAGUAUUUAGCUCUGUUAUAUUUGCGUUCACGUUUUUUAUUUCGCGAUUGUACGGCGGAGAUGGGCACUUGUUAAUUGAUUUGGUGGUCUAAAAUAAGGAAAUGUGUAAAUUUCAAUAUUUUUAGCUGUCAAAGAGAGGAUAUCGUUAUCCUUUCAGUUAUGCCAUAUGCAUAAACUUGCAAACAAUGUGGCUGAACACAAAUAUUUGUUACUUUUUUUUAAGUUUUAUUUUUCGUUAUUUAUUUAUCGUUACAUUCGUCCACAAACAAAUGACGGAUAAAGUGCACGCGCAAAUUUUCACAUUUCCUUCAUACCAACCGAUUAGUCGAAUAUAAAUGUUGCACUAUAACUUUCCUGCGCUAAAAUAAGCCAAAAGCUAUAACUAGUCUGUGAAACGCAUAAUAGGAAUCAAUGUAUACAGUGUAAGCGCAGAAAAGUUAGUUAAAAAAGUUUGGAAAAAUAAAUGCAUCGAGUGAGAUGAAUCUUUUCUAAAUUCGUUCAAAUUACAAUUUCAAUUACGAAGUGCCUGCUAAUGCUUUUGCGUAUAGGUUCGUUGCAUAUAGUUUAAAACGUAUACAUAGUCCUUAUUCAAAUGUGUAAAGCUUAGUGUGCCACGGCCGGCAAAAUUCGAUAGCGAUUAUUCCACAUUAUACUACCGACAUCAUGCAGAAAGUGAGACUCUUUUUGUACGAAUAUAAAAAAGAAGAAGAAAAAAAUAACAAAGGCAUGAUCGUGCCAUUCUGCCCCUCCAAAGUGAAUCAAUCGCGUAUGUCGCCCUUAUUACAAGUGUGAGAUCGAUGCAGUGCGCUAAAGUUAUUUUUACUGCCGUUUUAUGAUGUACAGAUGGUCUUGCGAUUUUAGUAAAAAGAAAUAAUUAUACGAAUAUAAAAAAAUACGUCGUUAUAUAAUCGUAAAUAAUAUUUGCACUCGAUACGAGCGAGAAGUGGAUGGCUGUACGUAAUUAAAUAGGCUAAUGGAAUUUUUUACUAAGACAAACAUAAACGAACGAAAAAAAACGCACACCGUGAGCCGUGAUCGACGUCUCGGCGCAUCUCUAUACUAUUCUAAUAACGAAACGAGGAGAAAAACGUACGUAUAUUGUACACAACGCGAGGCUCAUCGGGUUUUAAAAAAUGCGUUCCUUCCUUCCGGCGAAGAAAUUAAACAUCGUCCGCUCCCGGAAGCUGCUGCUGCACACUAUACAGACACACGCGUAUAAUCGUGGGGAUCCAUAGUAAGAAUCGUCGAUUUGAUUAGCGAAAAACAGAAACAAACACGUAGAUAAUGUAGGCGCAUACUCGCAAUGCGUGCGUUGUAUUAUUAUUAUUAUAUUCUCUAAAAUCUCGCAGAUCAAACUUCAUUCUCAUAUCUUCAUACGCGAACGGACGUACAGAAGGGAAAUGCACGAUUUUGCUGCUGGAGAUAGACUGCGCGAUUUUUUUUAUCUUAGAUUUGAAUUUUCAUGUUACGACUACUGUUUCGUAAUAGCGCUUCUUAUUUUGAUUCAAUUAUGAAUGAAAAACGCGUCGUUUCAAGCAAUUAUUAGUAAUCUUGAAGUAUUCUCUGCAAAGUCAUAAGCAAUGUUUUUAAUAAUAUCCAAAAAAAGAACGUGAGAAUAAAAUAAAUAAUAUAUUAUUGAGCAAUAUACGUAAUUAUUAAUAGAAUGAUCAUCUGUCUCUGCAAGAAUCGUGCUUUCAGGGAAAGCUCGCACAUCAUCUUUACAAAGAAUCAUUCAUCAGUCAUAUCGAUCGUGUUCACGUCAUUCAUACAACUAAAACCAAACAAAUGCUAAAAUCAAACGUGAUCAAAACGAAUCCAGACAAAUAAAAAACGAAAAAAAUGCACAACCACACCAAAACGUUAAGAUUAACCAAGCAAGCAGAUUACUAAUAAUGAACAAAAGAGACGUGUUUAAUCGUUAAACAUAGCAAGCCUCCGUAGCUUUCACAAACCUCAGCUGUAUAUCUCUUCGAACGUUGUAUAGAAAGGUGCAACUCGAAUUGAAUUUACUUUAACGUCACAUACACUUGCUUCACGAAGAUAAAAAAAACUUUCGAAGAAUAGGCAAUCAUCACCUCUCGAUCAAACGAAAGCUUCACUCCUCUAGAUGGUUGGGUUAGAUAUGGACGAAUAAAUGAAAUCAUGCGAAUAAAAAUGAAACUCGAUGGCAGAGUUGAGUCUCUCGGAAUGUUAUAAUACUAUGGUAGCUAGACGCAAAGAGAACAUAAAAUAUAUAAAAUAUAUAUCUGUAUAACGGCCGCUUUUAGUGUACACUGUACUCUAUACUCGACUCGCUACGAAGGAUCACUGACAUGAAAGUAAUAGCUUUUACGAUGAAAGACGAAUUUAUCGUUUUUGAUAACGAAGAAGAAAAAGCUGAUGCAGGGCACUCAACUCUGUCGGAGAGCGAUAAAAAGAGCUUUAAUUCGACCGAGCAAUAGUUGCUGUCAUAGACUGCGUAAUACGAAUAGUUUUCUCUUGUUCCCUCCUAACUUGGGUUUCCUCUUACGGAGUGAGAUGUGCAUUUAUAAAACACAGCUGCAAUUAUCAUGGUUUGCCGCAUGGUCGCAUGCCGGCCCUUUAGCGGGUGGAUACCGAUUUCAGAAAUUCGUAAAUGAAGAUUUUAAAGAUAAUAAAAGAAAAUUUUACAAUGUGUUCGAACAAUUCAGAAGUUUAGCAGUCUCUUGCUGAAUCGUACCUAUUUUCGUAUGUAUAUAUCUGAAAUUUUAAACGACCGCGUGAAUUCUGAAAUCGGGAUCGUCCCGAGAUUUUUGAGUACAAGUUUCGAAUAAAGUCAUAUCAGGAUUACUUUUGACGAACAUCCACUCGAUUGGCGAUUAGCUGGGAGAAUGAUGGCGCGAAGAAAAAGUUUUUAGAUCGAAAUCGAAACCAGUGAAACGACUAAGCUUUUGCGAUUUAGGCAAGAAUUUACGUUCGGUUGUAUGAAUUGUAGUUUUCCCAAUUGUACAUGGCUACGAGCUUUCGUCAGCACAAAAAUAAAACUGCGAUUAUGUAUAAUAUUAGUGAUUGCGUUGAAAAAUUUUUUUUUAUCGUUACAUAGGUUUUUCGAGAAGUAUACGUAUAGGCUUUAGUACAUUAAUACGUGCGAUUUUCAAUUCUUUUUUUAAGAUCACUGCUGAUUAGCUCUGAAAAGAAUAUCUUCAAGAAUGUACGAGUGACAUCUGUUGAGUAACACAGAUUUAUCAACCAUGACGCAACAGCACGCAAAAGCAUAGAUCAAUCUGCAGCUUCACACUGAAGUCUACUUAGAUUUUUCUCAGAGAAAAAAAUAAAACGAAAUUCAGCAGAUAGAUUACUCAUGUAUUCUUGAAAGACAAAUGGUGUUCGAUUAAAUCUGAAGCAAUUCGACUUCAUCGGUGAACUGCCACUAAAACUAGUACUAAUCGUCACGAAAAUUAAUUAAGGUGAUAAAUAAUCAACAAAAGUCAAAAAAAGGAACAGUUCCACUCGUUGGGUUGUAAAACACUUGCAUCACUAGACUCGCUCCUGUCCAACUUUCACUCAAACGUAUAAUUCGCGAUUAAAGUACACAAUAGCUAGCUUACAACAAUAAUAAUAGAAUAAAUAACGAAAAGUACACGAGACAAGACAGUUUGGUGCAUCUCACGCAGGUUGCAAUAAUGAAAAGAAUCGGUUGUGCGUCGCGUUGCAUAGAAGCUUAUAUCUCUCGCGCAGUGUUUUUUUCCUCCUUUUGUAACGUUUUGUAUCACUUUACAAAAGUUAUUACAAUGAGGAUGAACAAGUUCGGUAUAGCUUCGUACUAUGCACUCUGUGUUGUGAAUGGUAUUAUUAUUAUUAUGAUUAUUAUUAUUUAUUAUCAAUAAUUAUGUGAAUUACCGUAAAACAAAAUAUACACACGCUGAAAAUGAAAUAUGAAUAAUGAAAACGAUAAAAAAAAACAAUAACAAUAUAAUGAUAAUAUAUGAUAAAAUUCAAUAUAUAAAUAUAUAUUUAUAUAUAGCCAAGGCAUCGUAAUAUUUUAGCUAUUAAUAAGCAAAGACAAUUUUUUAUAAACAUAUAUGAGGUAUGAUUACACGGACAACAAGAUAAAAAAACGCAAUGAUAAAAUAUUUACCUAUAUAUAUAUUCGUACAUAUAUAGUGGAAGGUUUUAUCCUUUGAUACGAGAGCUUCGCGAGACGAAUCACAAGAGCCAAAAAUCCUCUUUCGCUCUGCCCCCGGAAGCAAUUUCAUCGUAGCGAUCAUGUUCCUUUCUCGAAUAUAAACGUGCAUUCGUUUUAUAUAUAUUUUUUUUCUUUUCUUUGUCGCGGAGUAUGUCCAUAACAUGUACGAAAAGUAUAAGUCGCUUUGUUCUUAACCUCGUAUAGUUAACUAAUAUACAUUAGCCAAAAAUGUUUUCCACGUGCAAGUGAGAUCCGUGUUGCAUCGAUUAUUUCGAUAAAUUUGUCUUUCGUUUAACUUUCAUUGUGAUUUCCGUUGUGUUUUUAUAUAGAGAUAUUUUUAUCUUUUUGUAAAUGGGAAGGAAAUAGGAAAUGCGUUUUCAGUUUAGAUCGUCUAUUUACCAACAAAGUAAAGCGUAACUUUUAACUGACAGAAAGAAAAUUAUUCUUGUAAUUAUGGAACCAAGGGUUGAAAUGUUAGUGAGUAGGUUUUUUAGAUCCAUCUCAUCGAACACUAUACAAUAAUGUCUGCCAUUGACAAGAUUAAAGUAUACGUAGUGUAACUUUUUACACUUUCAGUGGCACAUUCUAUAAGAUUCACUAUCACUCGAUCCUCAGACGUUUCUUUCACAUAAAGUAGAGACUCUCGAAAUAGCGAAAAAUAAAGAACUAUACUUUUGGUGCUAAAAAUCAAUUAUAAAUACUGUUUACUAUGUCACGUGUGCAAUGUCUCACUGACUGUGUCAGAAGGAAAAUACCGUCGCAAGAGAGAAAAAUGGCAGAUAUUUUCAUCCAUAUCAUCACUGUAGUCUCGAAUACCUACCUACCUGAGAGAAAAAAAAGUAACUUCAGAUAUUUUAAAAUUUUUCUAUACACCUUUUCGUUGCUCGGACGUCUCAUCCCUCGUUAUUUAUAAUUGUAUGCGGACGUCCGACUCGCUCUGUAUUAUUUUUACAAACUAUAUAGAGAACCUGUGUAAACUGCGAGUAAUAUAAAGGCGUGAAAAAAAAUCUGUGCUUAGGAAUAAUCGAUGCAUUUUUUUAGUCAGAUGUAUCUAAUUAGCGUGCUAUUGUAAUAGUAUGUUGACGAAAAGAAAAAAAGUAAGGUAGCACAUGAAAUAGAUUACUGUUAUGGUUGCUGGCAAAACCAUUAUUUCCGACAUUCCCUUCAUCACUACCUGUGGACACAUAUGACAACCUGAGCAUUUUCCCAGUAAGAAGCCAAAAAUCAUUGAUUUUUCCAUGACAAAGUGUUUAUACGAUUUAAGUUACAUAUUGUUGCAGUAAUUAUUUUCAUUCGAUUUUCGAAGGCGUUGAAAGACGUUCCGUGUCAGUAUUAUUUCCAACAGGACUAUUUAAAUAUUAUUGCGAUUCGAUGAGAAACCAAAGACCGCGCGUGCGCAUAAAUGGCUCGAUUUGUCAUAAAGUUGUUUAAAAUGUAGUACCAAAAAAAAUCUAUCAACGUCGAGAAACGACUCCCCCAGUACAGCUAAAGUUAAUAAUACAAAGGCGAUUAGUGAUUAACUUAUAUGUUACCGUUUGCGUUUAUUUUAGGUAUAAUUUACGUAUUAUUGGCGGGAAAAGAGUAAUAAUGCGGUCGCAAGUGACGCACGCUUGGAAAACUGAGUUAUACCUAUACCUAUAGGAUGUUUUUUGAUCUUUGAUUUUUUAAUGAAGAAGCUCGCGAAAGUUAUUUGCGACCAUGUCAGCGUUAUUUCUGUAAUAUCGGACCUAAGAAAAAAAAA